UUUUAAAUCAAUAUCACAUUACUCCCACACUGGAAAAGCUCCCUGCAGGACAACUGGUGUAGGCUAUUGGAGUUUCCAUCUAGUGAUAUUCAGACAGCUGUUAUAUAAGCUGUCUAUUGAACUAGCUGCUAAACAUUGAACCUCUGACUGGUAUCAACAACAUUGCAGGUUGACAACAGUUGCCCAGCAGCCGUGAUUACAACAUGGAUGAGGUGAUUAACAACCCAUCAGAUUUCAUAUCCAACCGCAAGCUUGCACCCGAGAACCUGCACAUUGUGGAUAUUGAAGAGGAACUUGUGGAUUCUCAGGAAUUCUACAACAUCACACAGUCCUUUGUAUCAGACAACCACUGUGAAACAUUUUUACUACGUUUCCGCUACGCCUAUGCAGACCGCUCAAAUGGACUGCUUAAAGUCCAGCCGGAUGGCCAAGUGUGCGUCAAUGGUGAAGUGUGCGACAAGAAUACUUGGUUCAAGGUGAUUCACAGCUUCGAAGACAGCUCUUACAGGAUCAUUUGUAUAGAAGGUGAAAACCAAAACAAGGUCCUCUACAUGGAUAGAAACUAUCUGAAAACAAGGGAAUAUAUACAUGGGCAUGAUGAUUACAGCAAAGAAACACAGUUUGACUUUGUGAGGAAGGCAAAUAAUUCCUGGGAAAUUUCUGCCCGGACAACAGGUCAUAUUCUCAAAUUUGACAAAGAGACAGGCAUGUACUUGCCACAGCCAACAAAUGACCAGGUGGACUGCCCAGCUCUCUUCUGCGACCCAGACAUUGGACCAAAAUUCAAGGUGUACAUUCCAAAAUGGAUAAAAGUCACCACUGUGUAAAGUAGGAAGGCAAAGUAGAAAUCAUACAUCAAAUAUUCAUUUUUUAUUAGGUAGAAAUACAUUGUAAUCAUCUUUUGUGAGUUUUUUAUCAUUAUUUAUUGAACAACACUGCAGGACAGGUUGGUGAUUCAGAGGAAUCAGAGCAAAACAGUUUUUGAGAAAGUCCAUCACACUGUGAUGCUUUUGAUAUCUUUUUAGUUAGCAGUAUUCAUGAUAGUCAUACUUUAAUUGUCAUAGUUAAAUGUAUUUCUUAAAUGUUCACUCAAAGUACAUGUACAUGCAAGUUUUACAAUAAAUAUGAACAGUAGACAAAAUGUUGACAGUUCUAGUAAUUAUUUGUCAACAGACACUAUCUCAAAUAUCUGUUUUUGUCAACAUUUACUGAUCAAAAAUCAUAUCCAUCGAGUGCCAUUAAGGUGUAACCCUUUAGUUUGGGGUUUCAAUCUUGAACAAGACCUACUGUUUCUUUUAUACUGAAUGAUGUUAUAUUGAAGGGAAUUACAAUCAUUGUUUACUAGGUAUACUAGUUAAUGAAUUUUAUCUAAAGGCUUCAUCAUGACAAAUUAGAUUUAAACUCUAUAUAAAUGUUUUUACCUCUAGAAUUAUGGUUAUAUUAAAGUCCAUUUUUACACACUUAGAUAUGGAAUUUCUCAAACACAGACUCAGACACAACACAUAAAAUAAGUCACAAUUUCUCAUGUCUUGUUUGUGGUCAUAUCCUUACUUACCUCAAAGUGAUCAGAAAUGUUCUGUAACUCUGAUUUUUUCAAUUACGAAGAGACAGACAUUGAAAAAAUGAUGUUUGCAUAAUUUCAUUAUAAAAUAUAUAUAAUUAUGUCAACUUGAUAAGGACUGCUUUGUAGUGCCAUUUUAAUGUCUUGUGGCAGACACAUUGGCAUGACAUUUGACACUGUUAUGGGUCAGUUAAGUUUCGCAAUGCAAUAUGUCCUCAAGCUUCUUUUGGAGGACAUAAAAAUUGAGGCAGAUUCAAACAAGACAUUCGGGAUAACUAGAAAUCAUCUGGUGGACAUGAAUAUUCAAUAUUAACUCCAUACUGAGAUAAAUUUACUGAAGUGAGGCGGACUAGUUAAAAUUCUAACGUGUAAUGGCUGUGAUUUUUUUUUUUAUAUGAAAUGCAUCAAAAUAUGAUUGGAUUUUGAAGUAUAUAUAUGUUUAUAUUUUCACUUCUUUCUUGUUUCCAGAAGACCUAACAAAGUGCUGUAGUAUCAAAAACUUGGCCUUAAACCUGACAAUGUUUUAUAACUCUAGUAUUUCAACUGCAAGUUCUAUAGAGCACAUUAUCAUUUACUUGGACAACAUAUUUUUUCAAUACUCUGUACUGUUCACUAAGGUAUCAUUUCACAAAUCUUAAACAGGCCUAAAAAAAUAAUAUGUUCAUGUGAUGUGUCAAAACACAAGGUCAAUCAGUAUGGUAUUCCUCUUUGAUCAAUGGGUCUUUCACUAAGGUUAAGCAAAAAGUAAGAAACCAGUCCUUCCUCAAGAAUGUCUAAAAUGUUGAAGAUAGGCAUAAAAUAGGAUUAGUGGAUAUGGGUAUUUUUAGGCUGAUUAUAUUGUCAGUUAUUUCAUUGUCACACCUACAUAUUACAUUUGUUACUGUGCUACCAUGUUUUUAUUUACAUAAUGUGUAUUGACUUUUUUAAAUGUGUAUUUUAUUAUGAUAUAAUAGAAUUUUUUAAACAUGUGUAACAGUGUGUAACUCAGAUACUACCAGGUAUGGUACCUCAUGUCUGCCAUUUUUCAGCAAGAAUAGCAUCAAUAUGUAAAUAACCUUAUCCAAGGACAAUUUGCAGGGCUGGACAGGUUCAUAUGGUUGUUAAGAUGAGAUGAAAUAAUUUAUUCAACUUUAUAGCAAUUGAGACAUUGGUGCCCUAAACAGAUAUUCUGGAUAAGUUUCAAAAUUUACUGUUGACUGUACCUUUAAAGAAUUAACUCUUUCUAAUGAGAUUGAAAACUAUAUUGUUAACAUCAAAAUGUCUUUCUUGUGGUCAAUUUGGACAAGCAAAAUUGGUGGGAAUAUCCCUGGCCGAGGUAAAAUCGGACAGUCUUAAUAUAGAAGACUCAGGAGAGGCCGGACUGACGGCUCACUGGAUCAUAAGCUUUGAAGUAUUAGGUAAAUACGCAUAUGCAUGCUAUUCACUUAUAAUUUCUGCUGAGAUUGCAGUUUCAUUGCUGCAUUAGACUUAUUUCGUGUUAAUAUUAUAAUGUACAUAAAUAUUUCAUAGUUUGGCUACUACAACACAACCUGUUAUGACAUAAUCGGGACCAUUUAUUAUCAACUGAGAUACAACCAGUAUAAGGUGAUGUUAUUUAGUUCUUAAGUUUGUAUCAAUAAACACAACUGAACAAAGUA